UCGGUCAAUGAACAGAAGUAUGCUGAAACAUGAGAAACCAUAACGACGGCUUAAGUUUAAUUAAAAAUUAUUGGAUUUUAGAGACAUUGGAGUUGCUUUGGAAGCAUAAUAACAGAAUUGUCUUGGAAUAAAUUCAUGCUCUGCGACAAUAACUGCACUAUGCUCUGAGAAGUGCUUUUUUGUGCGGUUUGUUUAGCUCUGCUAGCUGUGUAGAUAUCCUGUCAGUGAGUUAGUACAUUGGGCUGUUAGCAGCAAUGCUUCUGUUAGUGGACUUCGGGGUUAAUGUCUGAUUUGGAGUUCGUAUGGAUUAUUUUAUCAUAAUCCGUUUUGUGUAUUCGGAGAAGUUUCGGGUUGAUUGGCUAGCUAGUUAAGUUUUAUAGCUAGUGGGUUAUGCAGUCAGGUGUGGUUCACUAACAGAUUUGUGAAACGAGAUGACUAGUUAGUUCAACAGAUACCCGGUGCGUUGAUUUAAUCAUUUAAAUCAGAUUGUUAAUCGUUCACUGCGUUUUACACACACUGACAAGAUGAAUCUCAUUAAGAAGGCUUGUCUGGUCCUUAUUCUGGCUGUAGUUGUGACAGCUGAUGUACCUCAAGAUAACGAAGGUGCUAUGGAUGGUGGUCAUUCCCAGAACACUGAUGAUAAUGAUGCCUCCAGCAUUGUGGUAGGACAUGCCUAUGUCCCAAAAGAUGCCCAGGCUGACAGGAGUACAACAAACACUGGUAAAGAGGGUGAGGUUGAAAGCAUUGAAAAGGAAGACCUUCCUACUCAGCCCCCUCCAACAGAGGAGCGACGUAAAGAAGUUCCGGUGGUGAAUGGUGGAACAGCCUCAGGGGAGCCCUGUGUCUUUCCUUUUCUAUUCCAAGGGAAGGAGUACUCCGAAUGCACCACUGAAGGGAGAGGAGAUGGGAGGCUGUGGUGUGCCACAACCUACGACUACAACACUGAUAAAAGAUGGGGCUUCUGUGAAACGGAGGAGCAGGCAGAGCGGAGGAGGUUAUUGGAAGAGGCUGAAGAGCAGUACCAAGCCACGAUCAGGAUUAUCAAUGGCACCAACCGAAAGACCCAGAAGAAAGAGUUGUAUGACAAACUUCUGAAAGUUGCAGAGGUGGGUCAUACCAAGGCCAUGGAGAAGGUGGCAUAUGCCAUGCUGUUAGGAGACUACUUACCCCAGAAUGUUCCUCGGGCUAAGGAGAUCUUUGAGAAACUGGCACUGGAGGGCUCUCCUAAAGCCCAGAUGGCCCUUGGUUUCCUAUAUGCGGCAGGAUUAGGGGUGAAUUCAAGUCAAGCAAAGGCAUUGGUGUACUAUACCUUUGGAGCUUUGGGUGGAAACCUAGUAGCACAUAUGAUCCUGGGAUACAGAUAUUGGGGAGGUGUUGGAGUUCCUCAGAGCUGUGAAUCUGCUCUCACUCAUUACAGACUGGUGGCCAAUCACGUGGCCAGCGAUGUGUCCCUGACAGGGGGCAGCGCAGUACAGCGGAUCCGGCUCUUAGAUGAGGUGGAAAAUCCUGGUUCUAGCAGUGGAAUGCUAGAGGAGGAUUUAAUCCAGUACUACCAGUUCUUGGCUGAGAAAGGAGAUGUGCAGGCCCAGGUUGGUCUGGGCCAGUUACACUUACAUGGAGGUAGAGGUGUUGAACAGAAUCAUCAGCGAGCGUAUGACUAUUUUAACCAAGCAGCAAAUGCGGGAAACACGCAUGCAAUGGCCUUCCUUGGAAAGAUGUUCUCUGAAGGCAAUGAAUAUGUGUCUCAAAAUAAUGAAACAGCUCUGCAUUAUUUCAAAAAGGCUGCAGACUUGGGUAACCCGGUUGGCCAGAGUGGUCUUGGCAUGGCUUACCUGUAUGGAAGGGGUGUUCCUGUGAAUUAUGACAUGGCACUGAAGUUUUUUCAGAAAGCUGCAGAGCAAGGCUGGGUGGAUGGACAGCUACAGCUGGGAACCAUGUACUACAAUGGCAUUGGAGUGAAGCGUGAUUAUAAGCAGGCUCUAAAAUUCUUUAAUCUGGCAUCUCAAGCCGGCCACAUCCUUGCCUUUUAUAAUCUGGCCCAGAUGCAUGCCACAGGGACUGGAGUCAUGCGCUCCUGUCACACUGCAGUGGAGCUCUUCAAGAACGUUUGUGAGCGAGGUCGCUGGUCUGAGAGACUUAUGGCUGCGUAUGGAAGCUUUAAGGAAGGCGACAUGGACUCUGCUCUAGUGCAGUACCUACUGCUGGCUGAACAGGGCUACGAGGUCGCCCAGAGCAAUGUGGCCUUCAUCCUUGAUCAGAAGGGGUCACAGAUUUUCAAUGAGAAUGAAACAUACCCACGGGCUUUGCUCCACUGGACCAGAGCAGCCGCCCAAGGCUACACAGUGGCCAGAAUCAAGCUAGGUGACUAUCAUUUCUAUGGCUAUGGCACUGAUGUAGACUAUGAGACUGCAGUCAUUCAUUAUCGUCUGGCCUCAGAACAACAGCACAGUGCACAGGCCAUGUUUAACCUGGGCUAUAUGCAUGAAAAGGGCCUUGGUAUCAAACAGGACAUUCAUCUGGCCAAGCGUUUCUAUGAUAUGGCUGCAGAAACCAGUCCUGAUGCCCAGGUGCCUGUAUUCCUGGCCCUUUGCAAGCUGGGCCUCGUCUAUGCACUACAGUUCCUGCAGGAUCUCAAUCUGAAAGAGCUUCUAUCUCGGGUGGAUCUUGACCAGUUGCUGGGUCCAGAGUGGGAUCUCUACCUCAUGACUGUCAUUGCUCUGCUCUUGGGCACAGUAAUCGCAUAUCGACAGAGACAGCACCAAGCAGGACCCAGAGUCCCUCCAGCACCUCCUAGACCUCCAGCCCAGCCUGAGCAACCUGCCGCAGAGCCUGAGGAACAGUAAGAGAACGGGAAUCAGGGUUGAGGUGACCAAACGGACUAGGAUUAAAGGAGAAGGAUGAGGCCUUCUAGCAUCUCCUCUUCCCAAAAUCAACCGCUUACACCUCCACCCAGCUGUGGUCUUCAAUCCCCAAAAUUGCUGUCUGAACUCUUGUUGCCCUCUCUAGUCUUUAAACUGUGGAGUUCAAGCUUGGAAAAAAGCAAUGACAGAAAAACUAGAUGAACUUCUACAAUAUCUUAAACAUACGCCUCAGGGAUUUGCCAGGUGAACUGACAUUUGUGCAAAUCAAUGCUCACUAUGUGGGGAAAAAGACAAUGUUGCUGAAUGAAUUCCAGUAGUUGCUUCUGCUUUUUGCUUGCCACUGUGCUAAAAGCCAAGGAACCUGUCGGUUCUGUGCAAUCCUUUCUAACACUCAUUCAGAUUAUUUUUUUUAGUAUAAAGGAUCUGGUACAAAUCUGGUACAUAACACAGGCACCAUGCCUCUUUGGAGUACAGAGUGAGAUGUGUGCUGUGCUUUGAAUUCAGUAUGUAAAAAGUUCAUACUAUAAGCAUGUUUUCUUUACAUCUGUUAUGUUGGACUGAUUGGCUUGCUAGCAGAUUUAUUGGGUUUGCUAAUGCCUUUUUUUUUUUUUUUUUUUAAUAAAUCUAGAGAUGUAUUUAUAAUGGCACUAUUUGGACAGAAGUAGCCUGCACAUAGAUGUACAAUUAACAUGUCACUGUCUUGGCUAAAAAGAUGCACAAUUAAGAAUGACUCUGAUGUACUCUGAAUCUUUCAUGGUGGUUCAUGAAUCUAAGGUUUGCAGUAAAGAUGACAUCUCUCAAAUAGCUUUUCAUUGCCCUGAACACUCACCCUGCCAAAUGUUGAAUCAUUUAGAAAACUACUGCCCUUUACCUUUCAUUGUUACAAAAGUGUCUCUGUGGGAUGUUCAAAGAAAGGAAUCAUUGCAAUUAUAGCUGGUGUCCAGUAAGUUUCAAGUUGUUAAAGCACUAGAAGAAUCUAACUUUAUUUAUCAACAGUCAUUCAAACUUCAAAUUUUUCAAUUCAAAUGUUUCCAAAAGAUGAUUUAUAUGCUUUCUUCCUCUGCAUAUAUGAAAAUAAUUCAGAUUGUUGAAAAGGUUGGCUAAAAUGCUUAAAGGGAUAGUUCACCCAAAAAUGAAAAUUCUCAUCAUUUACUCACCCUCAUGCCAUCCCAGAUGUGUAUGACUUUCUUUCUUCUGCUGAACACAAAUUAAGAUUUUUAGAAGAAUAUCUCAGCUCUGCAGGUCCAUGCAAUGGAAGUGAAUGGUGAUCAGAACUUUGAAGGUUUAAAAUGCACGUAAGGCAGCAUAAAAGUAGUCCACGUGACUCCAGUGGUUAAAUCUAUAUCUUCAGGAUAUGUGAUAGGUGUGGGUGAGAAACAGAUCAAUUUUCUUUUUUUCUUUUUUUUUUUUAACUAUAAAUCCCCACUUUCACUUUUACAUUCUUUUGUUUUUGGUAGUUCACAUUCUUUGUGCAUAAUGCCACCUAAUGGUCAGGGAGGAGAAUUUAUAGUAAAAAAGGACUAAAAUAUUGAUCUGUUUCUCACCCACACCUAUCGUAUUGCUUCUGAAGAUAUGGAUUUAAUCACUGGCGUCGUGUGGAUGACUUUUAUGCUGCCUUUAUGUGCUUUAAGGACAUUCAAAGUUCUGGCCACCAUUCACUUGCACUGUAUAGACCUACAGAGCAAAAAUAUUCUUCUAAAAAUCUUUUUGUGUUCAGCAGAAGAAAGUCAUAUACAUCUUGGAUGGCAUGAGUGAGGAAAUGAGGAAAUGAGCAAAUUUAAAUUUUUGGGUGAACUAUUCCUUUAAUGUUUUUGGUAUUAUAACACCUAUUUUGUUUUUCAAUGAGAUCAAGGCAUUGAAUGCUCUCAGAUUUGUUUUAUGAUUAUUGUGUAAGGUCUGUAGCUCUGUGAAAUCUAAAGAACUUCAUGAAACGGUUUAAUUUGUUUUAGAAUCUGGCAGUUUGUGUGCAAAUUUGUGAAAUUCUUUGUUAUAUUUCAAAGGGAAAAAACUCAGAUCACUAUUUAAAUUGUGAGCAUGUCUACAAUAUUUGAUCUUUAUUGUACUUCAGCAAAGGAAUAUGUCUUGUCUUUCAGGUAAUAAGCAAUACUGCAAUGUUUGGUGUAAGAAUCUGUAAGAAAGGCAUAUGUAUGUGCAUAGGAUGUAAAUUGCUUGAGUCUGUUUUUCAUGCCAAGAUGCACCAGAGUUAUUCUCACAAUUCAGCAAUGGUAUGAAACUGUAUCCUAAAUCAUAUAACAGAUUCUUCUUUUCCAUGCUCACCAAAUCCAUCAUAAUACAGUGAUCACACAGUUUAAGUCUUUAAAAAAAAAAAAAAAAAAGGAAAAAAAUGACAUUUUCAGAAUGGCAAUGUUUAUAAAUAACUAAUAAAGCAAAUCCAUGGAUUCACA